AUGGGGAUUUUUCUCGACUGCCCAUGCUCCCUGAAGGACUCAGCUGCCAUAAAACAAACCAAGUGCGACCUGACUACCUGGCUCACUGCGAUUGACAGAUGUGGUCUCCCCGGAAAAUUCAAAACCUGGAUCUACCAGCACGGAGUCUUGCCAAGAAUACUCUGGCCCCUAUUAGUCUACGAGGUACCAACCUCAACAGUCGAGGUUCUAGAGAAGUCUAUCAGCCAGUUCCUCAGAAAAUGGCUGGGGCUCCCUCGGUCCUUGAGCAGCAUUGCCCUUUACGGCCAUUCCACCAAGUUGCAUCUUCCUUUGAGUGGACUAUCAGAGGAGUUCAAAGUCACCCGCUCCAGAGAGGUAUUGAUGUACAGGGACUCCAAAGACACAAAAGUCGCAGCAGCAGGAAUCCUCGUGAAGACCGGGAGAAAGUGGCAGGCGCAAGAAGCCGUCACUAAAGCUGAGGCACGACUAAGGCACAAAACGCUGGUGGGCUCCGUGGCAAUGGGACGAGCAGGUCUUGGUUGUUUUCCCAAGCCACGUUAUGAUCUGGCUCAUGGAAAAGAGAGGCGCAAACUGAUUCAGGACGAGAUACGAGCAGAGGUGGAGGAAGAACGCUAUACCAAAAUGGCCAGCAUGUCCAAACAAGGAGCGUGGACCAGGUGGGAACAUGCAGAUCCACGCAGAAUAACCUGGGCAGAGCUCUGGAAAGCAGAGCCAUUUCGGAUCAAGUUUCUUGUCCAAUCCGUCUAUGACGUCCUCCCAAGCCCAGCUAACCUGCACACCUGGGGCCUGGCAGACACUCCUGAGUGCAAGCUGUGCAAGAAGAGGGGCACACUGGAGCACAUUUUGAGCAGCUGCUCAAGAGCGCUAGGGGAAGGGCGGUACCGCUGGCGCCACGACCAGGUGCUAAAAGCUUUGGCGGACUCCAUCUACACAGCGAUCCAGCUCAGCAAGACCCAGGUAGCCCCCAAACAAACAAUCACCUUCAUUAGAGCUGGGCAGAAGGAACAAUUCCACCGGCCUAGCUCUACGGUGGGGCUCCUCUCCACUGCUCGUGAUUGGCAGCUUCAGGUCGACCUUGGAAGACAGCUUAAGUUCCCAGGCAACAUCACAGCCACUUCUCUCCACCCAGACAUGGUGCUAACAUCUGAGUCAACCAAGCAAGUGGUUAUCCUGGAACUAACUGUCCCCUGGGAAGACCGUAUUGAGGAGGCCCACGAGCGUAAGAGGGCCAAAUACGCAGGGCUCAGCUCGGAGUGUCGGAACAAUGGCUGGAAAACUCGCUGCGAGCCAGUCGAGGUCGGGUGCCGAGGCAUCGCUGGCCACUCACUGAUGCGAACCCUCAAACUCCUUGGAGUGAAAGGACUGCAAUUGAAAAAAGCCACCACAAGCAUCUUAGAGGCCGCAGAGAGGGCUUCUCGGUGGCUGUGGAUCCGUAGGGGGGAUCCGUGGAGCAACCUGCCACUUGGACACAAGCCGGGGACUGAUCACCCCCGGUUGGGUCGCCCGGGUGAGGGUGUAUGAAGAUUAAAGACCCGAAACACCCUAUGACCCUGGGUUUUUCACUGAUGACGUGUCCAAGUAGCACCAGAAGGUGUAUUCAAACUCAAACCUACCUGGCAAAGCCAGUGACCUCCAGGAAAGUCUGGAUGACAUCCACGAAUAGAGUGGCGACGGCUGGAGAGACAGCAGACAGCUCGGAAAGACGGCAACCGGGGGCAGGGAGGGCUAGCCCCCCGACCUGCAACUCCUGAGAGGGAGCACCCACAACA